CGCGGAACUGGGUUGUGAUCUUUUUCUCUGGUGGGGAAGACCUGGAUAGGGCUCUCAAGGCCCCGCCCCGUCCGCCUGACUAGUUCGAAUCCUGCGGGUUCUGCAGGCAGGUUUCGGGCAGACCCCAGACUCACGUCUCGCCACCAGCCGGCGAAGAUCCGGGGAUGGGCAACGCCACCCAGCUCGCUCCAGAGCCAGCAUGGGUCUCAGCGAGGCUGGUGACGCUCCAGGAUGGGAGACAAGCCAAUUUGGGAGCAGAUUGGAUCCAGCUUCAUUCAACAUUACUACCAGUUAUUUGAUAAUGAUAGAACCCAACUAGGUGCAAUUUAUAUUGAUGCAUCAUGCCUUACGUGGGAAGGACAGCAGUUCCAGGGGAAAGCUGCCAUUGUGGAAAAGUUGUCUAGCCUUCCGUUCCAGAAAAUUCAGCAUAGCAUCACAGCCCAGGACCAUCAACCUACGCCAGAUAGCUGUAUCAUCAGCAUGGUUGUAGGCCAGCUCAAGGCGGAUGAAGAUCCCAUCAUGGGUUUCCACCAGAUGUUUCUAUUAAAGAACAUCAAUGAUGCUUGGGUUUGCACCAAUGACAUGUUCAGGCUUGCUCUGCACAACUUCGGCUGACCUCUUCCUGGCCAGAUACUCACGCUGUUUCCUCCUCCCUCCUUUUCCUAAUACUAUCACACUCCUCCAGAUGCUCCAAAUACCAUACACAAAUGAGCAAGGCCGAGGUGGGAGUGGGUGCAAUGCACUUCUGCCACCACGGUGUUGUGCAUGAUGUUUGGAUGCUAGACUAGUUGCAUCUGACAGGAGAAGUUUGUGUUGUACCAGCGCAUGCCUUGGAAAGACUUAAGUAAUGCAAAAGAUUGUCUUUGUUUUUGUUUUUUUGUUUUUUAAUCUACUGACAAGUUGCUCUAGUAACCCAAAGAAGUGGAGAAAGCAGCUGCCUCACCGCCCAGAUAUUUGAUUUGUUCAGAUGUUUCAAAUGCCUCAUGAUACAAUAAAACCACAAAAAUUUUCUUAACAGUUUAAAUUGUUUUCAUGAGUUUAAUAUAUUUGGCUGGGCAUCAAUAACUAUUCUGGCCCAUUGUCUCUCUCAUAUAUCACCCUCCCAAUUCUGCCUCAACAGAACCUACUGCAAGGAGCAAAUUGGCCUAAGUAGCACUUUCAACUAAGCUUCUCUCCAGCCUAGUAAGGCAGAGUUCUCUCCAGCCCAUUUGGUCUUGGGAAAGCAGAGAGAGCUAGCCUGAAGCCUAUCUCAUACUGAAGGCUCAUACUGAAGGCUCUUCAGUCAGUUCUAGCUGACACCUCCUGUGGCUUCUGCUCUGAGUAGAUUCAGGUCUCUAGUGGAGAGAGAGUUGAUUCUCAAUCCUGUGGCAGCUAGAAAGGCCUUGACAAAUAAGAUUUCCCAUGUUUAGACUCUGUGGGCCAAGGUCUCAGCAAGACUGGUAGUCCUGCUCUAUUCCCAAAAGGAUUAGGAUCGCAUUCAGAGUGCCCACAUCCCCCAAACCAAACAGAGAUUCUGUACCACCUGCUUGAACUCAGCCAGGCCCCAUUUGGUUGGAGCACAAAUUCUGCACUGUGGAAGAAUUCACAGUGUGAGGGAGUCAUGCUCUAGUUUUCACCCCUCAGACCUCUGCAGGGCACUUAUGUAUCAUCUUCCCCCUUCCACACACUCAUGCUGUCUUCAAAUCCCAGGAAGUCUUAACUGUUAGGGCACUUUCUGCCCUGCUUCUUAGUUUGGGCACAAAGUGCUUGCCCAGUACAAAUCCAGCUUUUCAUCCUUGAGACCACUGGAUGGUAUAAAGC